ACCUCUCCGGUACCUCUACACGAAAUGCCUAUCCAGAAGAUUCACGCUCGCCAGAUCUGGGACUCGCGCGGCAACCCUACCGUCGAGGUCGACGUCACGACCGAGAAGGGCAUCUUUACCGCCGCUGUCCCCUCGGGCGCGUCGACCGGUGUCCACGAGGCCGUCGAGCUCCGUGACGGCGACAAGUCCAAGUACCUCGGCAAGGGUGUCACCAAGGCCGUCGCCAACGUCAACGACGUGAUCGCCCCCAAGCUCAUCGAGGCCAACCUCGACAUUGUCGACCAGGAGAAGGUCGACAAGUUCCUCUGCGACCUCGACGGCACCGCGAACAAGGGCAAGCUCGGCGCCAACGCCAUCCUCGGUGUCUCGAUGGCCGUCGCCAAGGCCGCCGCCGGCCAGAAGGGUGUCCCCCUCUACGCCCACUUUGCCGACCUCGCCGGCGUCAAGCCGCCGUUCGUCCUCCCCGUCCCGGCCAUGAACGUCAUCAACGGUGGCUCGCACGCCGGCAACGCGCUCGCGUUCCAGGAGUUCAUGCUCCUCCCGACUGGCGCCGCCGACUUUGACGAGGCCAUGCAGAUGGGCACCGAGACGUACCACACGCUCAAGAACGUCAUCAAGAAGAAGUACGGCAUCGACGCGACCAACGUCGGCGACGAGGGCGGCUUUGCGCCCAACGUCCAGGGCGCCGAGGAGUCGCUCGAGAUCCUCACCGAGGCCAUCGCCAAGGCGGGCUACACGGGCAAGGUCCAGAUCGGCCUCGACGUCGCCUCGUCCGAGUUCUACAAGGACGGCAAGUACGACCUCGACUUCAAGAACCCCAACUCGGACUCGUCCAAGUGGCUCACGGGCAAGCAGCUCGCCGAGUUCUACAACCAGCUCGUCGAGAAGUACGACAUCGUCUCGAUCGAGGACCCCUUCGACCAGGACGACUGGGAGGCGUGGAGCCACCUCACCCAGAACACCAAGAUCCAGAUCGUCGGCGACGACCUGACCGUCACCAACCCGGAGCGCAUCCAGACCGCCAUCGACAAGAAGGCGUGCAACGGCCUCCUCCUCAAGGUCAACCAGAUCGGCACCAUCACCGAGUCGAUCAAGGCGACCCAGCUCGCGUCGUCGGACGGCUGGGGCACCAUGGUUUCGCACCGUUCGGGCGAGACCGAGGACACGACCAUCGCCGACCUCGUCGUCGCCCUCGGCACCGGCCAGAUCAAGACUGGUGCUCCCUGCCGCUCGGAGCGCGUUGCCAAGUACAACGAGCUUCUCAGGAUCCAGGACAGGAUCAAGAUGGCGGGCGGCAAGGUCCUGUACGCCGGCUCGAACGGCCUCGCGCGCGGCACCACCGCCGCUCCCCUCUCGAAGAAGUAGAGCGCCCCGCAUCCCCUUCCUUUCCCUCUCUCCUGCCUGAUGGGCUAGCCUCGGCCGAGCAGCCGCUGGACGCAGUGCAACCCGAGCUUGAUCUGUGCGAC